AUGUUUUCUUCCACCAACAAUCUCCACCUUUUCCCUCUUCAACAGUACUUCCCUUCUUCCUCCUCCUCCUCACCCUCUUACCACCACCACCACCUCGUAGCUCCUCUGCCGUCUCCGCCACCACACCACCACCACCCUGAACCGGUUUACAUCGGUCCACCGCAAGAUCCGGUUCUCUCCGGAGUAGUAGCUCCAAUAUUUCUACAAGUUCAAGAAGAAGAUCGAGAUCAAGCAAGAAUGAAAAAUGAGCAACAAGAAGUAGCUGUUUUGAUGUCUCAAAAUGGUAACAACAACAACAAUAGUAAUGGGCAGUGUUUCUCUUCUUCUACUACUCUCAACAACUUCACAAAAAAAGGAAGUGUUAAAAAAGAUAGGCAUAGCAAGAUUUACACAGCUCAAGGUUUGAGAGAUAGAAGAGUUAGAUUAUCCAUUGACAUUUCUAGAAAGUUCUUUGAUCUACAAGAUAUGUUGGGUUAUGAUAAAGCUAGCAAAACCCUAGAUUGGUUACUUACCAAGUCGAGAAAAGCUAUUAAAGAGUUGACAAAAAAAACCCAAUAUCAUAAUAACAAUAAUAAUAUUAUUACUUCUUCUUCUUCUUCAAAAUUUCAUUUUGAUCAUGAUUUUGAAGAAUGUGAGGUUAUUUCCAAUGAUGAUGAUGAUGAGGAAGCUGAGAAAAUUAUAAUGUUGGGUAAAUCAUCUUCUAAUUGUAAGAAGAAUCUUGGAUUUCAUGAUGUUUUGGCUAAAGAAUCUAGGGCAAAAGCUAGGGCAAGAGCUAGGGAAAGGACUAAGGAGAAAAUGAUUAUGAAUCAACAAUUUCGGUCUCCGCCGCCUCCGCCACCGCAACCGUCGAUGCCAACGCCGGUUGUACAAAAAGUCGCCGGGUCGGAUCAAGAAAACAAUAAUAUCAUUGGGAUCAUGUGGAAGCCAUCUCCUAUGGUUACAUCUUCUUCAAGUUAUCAGAAAAAUUUGGUGAUUUCAAAAGGAGAGAGUUGUAAUUACAACAAUUAUUGCAAUAAUUUCUAUUUUCCAGCUUCCAAUUUGACUCCAAAUUGGGAUAUCAAUAUUGACUCUACUUUUGCAAGAACACAAUCUGGAUUUUGUUCAAUUGCCAACAUGGAUUCUCUCCCAGAAUUUCAAGUGUGUGCAAAGCCAUGGGAUAGCUGCAACAACAACCAACACCUUCAUUAACAGCUACAAAUCCACAUGGCUGUCUGAGGAUUUUAUCCCAACUUUAUAUAUCCAAUUGAUGAGUGUUUUGAAAUCAGCUUGGAGUUGUGAAGGCAUUUGCUGCCAAAGAGAAAUGGAUGGUUUUGUGAUGUUUGAUUCUUCUUAGGGAAAUCCUUGGAGUGUUCAUUAUAUAUAUGAACUAUAUAUAUAAACAUGGAAGCAUUUGGGAGAUUGGAUUAUUUUGUGAUAGUUGUACUUUUAAUCCAUUAAUUAGGACAUCAAUUCCUAUGAUAUCUUAAUGUCUUUGUUGUUAUUUCUCUCUUUCUUUUUGUUUUUUUUUUCUUUGAUGUAAUUAAUGAAGCAAAAGUGAUUGGAA